AUGGUCGCUGUUAUUUCCAAGAAGAGAAAGCUAGUCGCUGACGGUGUGUUCUACGCCGAGCUAAACGAGUUCUUCACCAGAGAGCUUGCCGAGGAGGGCUACUCCGGCGUGGAGGUCAGAGUGACCCCAACGACCACCGAGGUGAUCAUCCGUGCCACCAGAACCCAGGAUGUCCUAGGUGAGAACGGUAGAAGAAUCAACGAGUUGACCCUUUUGGUGCAGAAGAGAUUCAAGUACCAGCCAGGCACCAUCGUUUUGUUCGCUGAGCGUGUGCAGGAGCGCGGUUUGUCCGCUGUUGCCCAGGCCGAGUCGCUAAGAUUCAAGUUGUUGAACGGUCUAGCGAUCAGAAGAGCCGCCUACGGUGUCGUCAGAUACGUGAUGGAGUCUGGCGCUAAGGGUUGCGAGGUCGUGAUCUCCGGUAAGUUGAGAGCUGCCAGAGCCAAGUCCAUGAAGUUCUCCGACGGUUUCUUGAUCCACUCCGGUCAGCCAGUCAACGACUUCAUUGACACCGCCACCAGACACGUUCUGUUGAGACAGGGUGUGUUGGGUAUCAAGGUCAAGAUCAUGAAGGACCCAUCGAAGAGCAGAACCGGUCCAAAGGCCUUGCCAGACGCCGUCAAGAUCCUCGAGCCAAAGGACGAGGACGCCGUUGUCGAGCCAUCCGUCAAGGACUACAGACCAAAGGCGCCACCUGCCCAGGAGCAGGCCCAGGCCCAGGCCCAGGUCCAGGCCUAA